AAAGUGUCCGGACUGGAAGGGGGUGAAAGUGUCCGGACUGGAAGGGGUGUGAAAGUGUCCGGACAGGAAGGGGGGAAAGUGUCCGGACAGGAAGGGGGGAAAGUGUCCGGACUGGAAGGGGGUGAAAGUGUCCGGACAGGAAUGGGGGGAAAGUGUCCGGACAGGAAGGGGGGGAAAGUGUCUGGACUGGAAGGGGGUGAAAGUGUCCGGACUGGAAGGAGGGGAAAGUGUCCGGGCUGGAAGGGGGUGAAAGUGUCUGGACUGGAAGGGGGGGAAGUGUCCGGACUGGAAGGGGGGAAGUGUCCGGACUGGAAGGGGGGGGGAAAGCGUCCGGACUGGAAGGGGGGGAAAGCGUCCGGACUGGAAGGAGGGGGAAAGCGUCCGGACUGGAAGGGGGGGGGAAGCGUCCGGACUGGAAGGGGGGGGAAAGCGUCCGGACUGGAAGGGGGAAAGUGUCCGGACUGGAAGGGGGGAAAGCGUCCGGACUGGAAGGGGGGGGAAAGCGUCCGGACUGGAAGGGGGGUGACAGUGCCCGGCAGGAAGGGGGGGGUGACAGUGCCCGGCAGGAAGGGGGGGGGACAGUGCCCGGCAGGAAGGGGGGGGGUGACAGUGCCCGGCAGGAAGGGGGGGGUGACAGUGCCC